UGCUCGUGAGGCCGACCCGCGUCGCGAGCCGCGACAGUUUCGACAUCGUUCUCCUUUAUUUAAAUUAAAAAGGUCGGACAUGUCUCACCCGGGAGAGGACGGCACGGCGCGUGCUGCAAUGCGCGCGCAGCGGAGCCGCGAGCGAGAGCCAACGCGCCAAAACACAGCUGCACGCGGAAAUGUGCCCGUUUAAGCUCGUUGUGACUCUCGGCACACGGCGCCACCGAGAAGACCCGCAGAGGCAUCGAGCCGCCGGGGCGGCGGAGCGGAGGAACACCCUGAAGAACCGUGGUGGUCUUUACUGGGACCUGUAGCCCCCCACGGCCCCCACUACCCCCCCACGCGACGGCCGCGACCCGAGGAGAGCGUCGUCAUAAAGUCUGGCACUCAUGCCCCCCCCGUCUCUUCUCCAGCGUGUCGGGCCAGACGUGAACCUCCGCGGCGCCAUGGCGGAGGCGCUGGGCCACAGGAGCUUGUUGGGCCUGGGCGUGGUGCUGGUCUGGCUGGUGCUGUUCCACCUGCUGGUCAACAUCUGGCUGCUGUGCGUGUUCACCAGCCUGCUGGUGGUGCUCGGCGGCUGGCUCGGCUCGCAGGCCGUCCUGGAGUCCGACAGCGUGGUCCACCUGGAGAGGUUCAUCGCCCUGGAGCAGGUUCUGCCCUCUGCGGAGGAUGAGCGUCACCUGGACCGGGAGAUCCACAACACCGUGAGGAAAGUCAUCAGGGACUUUGUGUCCUCGUGGUUCUCCACCGUGUCCUCCGAGAGCGGCUUUGAGACGGAGGUCCAGGAGGCCAUGAUGUCGAUGGCCCUGGAGCUGAAGAGACGCUCGAGACGGCUCGACAGGAAGGAGCUGACCCAGAGGGUCCUGGAUCUGUUCGGCUGCCACCUUCAGGACUACAUCCGGGCGAAGCGGCUGUCUUCAGAGCAGCCGGCGGCCAAGUGGGGUGACGACGGCGAGUGUCUGUGGCGUGCGUAUUCUGCGGUGACCACGCCCCAUCUCGCCACGACCGGCGAGGGCGCGCGCGUCGACUACACCAGGGCGGCGGCGGACCUGCUGCUGCACGUCUUGGUGCCGCCGCCGCACCUGGAGAGCCGCACCGGGCGCUUCGUCGUCGGCGAGCUCGUCACCUGCAACGUGCUGCUGCCGCUCCUCGCCGAGCUGUCCGACCCCGACUGGCUGAACGUUCUCGUCGUGGGAAUAUUCGGCAAGUCCCUCAAACCGCAGGAGCCGGUCGCCGCGUCGCCUUCGCCGCCGCCGCCCGCGGAGCCGGAGCUCGCUCCGCCGCAGGAGACGCCUCCGCCGAGGGAACCGCUCGGCGGCGCCGAGACGCCGGAGCUCUCCGCCUGCGACGCCGUCGACUCGGAGGAGACGGACUGCUGCAACGCCGAGGAAGACGAGCCGGCGCUGUCCUUCCUCAGGCACUACGUGAGGGCCGGCAAGCCCAACCCGUUCUACCGGGAGAACGACUCUGACCUGGACUCCCCGCUGGGCGACUGCAGGCCGGGCUCCGAGGACUCCCUCGCCGCGCUCGGACGAGAAGACGACGACGGCGCGGAGGACGGCUUCCUCGGCCGCUGCCCCAAAGUCCUGGUGACCUCGGAGCAUCCGGUUAACGGCGGCCUCCCGGACCCGGAGGGGGGGGGCUCCCCCCCGGCGAGCAGGGAGCUCCUGCUGGGCGUGGACCCCAACGAGCUGAGCGUGGUCGGCUCGCCGCGGGGCUCCUCCCCCCUGCAGACCUUCAGCUUCGAGCCGCUCGUCAGCCCCGACGGGCCGGUCGUCAUCCAGAACCUCCGCAUCUCCGGCACCGUCACAGCCAAGGAGCACCGCGGCACCGGCUCGCACCCCUACACGCUCUACACCAUCAAGUACGAGACGGUGGGCUGCGAGACCCCCGGCGGCAGCCAGCCGGGCCCCGAGGAGGCCGAGGCGCCGGGGGGCGAGGACCCGCCGGCCGCCCAGCAGGUGGCCUACCACAUGGUCAACCGGCGCUACAGCGAGUUCCUCAACCUGCAGACGCGGCUGGAGGAGAAAGCGGACCUCCGGAGGCUCAUCAAAGGUGUGAAGGGUCCGAAGAAGGUGUUCCCAGAGAUGCCGUUCGGGAACAUGGACAGCGACAAGAUAGAAGCCAGGAAAGGACUUCUGGAGAUCUUUCUGAAGCUCCUGUGUGCCGUCCCGGAAGUGGCCAACAGCGUGGAGAUGCAGGAGUUCCUGGCGCUCAACACCGACGCCAGGAUCGCGUUCGUCAAGAAGCCGUUCAUCGUGUCCCGAAUAGACAAGAUCGUGGUGAACGCCAUCGUGGACACGCUGAAGACGGCGUUCCCUCGCUCGGAGCCUCAGAGCCCGACGGAGGACGGCGAGCUGGAGAUCGACGGAGGGAAAUGCGCUUGUGAGAAGAAGAGCAGGUCGCGUCUGAAGUUCUCCGGUAAAAGCGUCCCCUUCAUGAACGGCUCCGACAUCAGAGCCCCGGUCUCGUUCAGCUGGGAGCAAACCGGCACGGCGUUCAACGGGAUGUCGCUGGGAGAUCUGAAGGCCUUCAUCGCGGAGCAGGAGCAGCGGAGCGUCGAGCCGGAGCCGGUCGACGGUCCGGGGCCGGAGGGGCUCGGAGGCUCCGUGGCCCCCGGCUGGAGGAGGAAGGACACGCGGGAACCCGCGUCGGAGACGGCGCUGGCCGAGGUGGCGCUGAACAUCCUGUGUCUGCUGAUGGAGGAGCAGUGGAGCUGGCUGUGCACGGAGAACCUCCAGAGGACCAUCCGCCUGCUGUUUGGGACCUUCAUCAACAGGUGGCUGGACGUGGGCGUGGCCAACCUGACGAGCGCCGCGUACUGGGCGUCGUACCUGCGGGUCCUCCAGGACGCCGUGUGGCCGGGGGGGGCGCUGCCGACGGCGCCGCGCCUCCAACGCAGCCGGCAGCAGAAGGACGACAGCAGGCGGCGAGCGCUGAGCUGCCUGAUGAGGCUGCUGCCGGAUCUGAUCUCAGACCUGUUGGGCUCAGAUAAGUACGAGCUCUGCUGGCAGACUGCACUGGACUCUCUUCAAGACGCCCACAUCAACAGACAUCUGGUCUUCUGCUUGUUUGACCUCCUGCUGGAGUUCCUGGUUCCUGAGAUCCCCGAGCAGGCCUUCCAGAGCGGCGUGUUGAGAACCCUCGCCAGGAACCCCGAGAAGCAGCUGGCGUGAGGCCGUCUUGGUGUCCAGAGGCCUCGCCUGGUUCCUGAUGUCCUUGAGCCUGCGUCCGGCUGCAGGGACACAACAUGGCGUCACCGCGGCCUCGUGCGCGUGACGCAUCACGCCAGAUGUCCCGCCCCUUCGUGGCGAUCGCAGCAUUUGGAUCUAUUUGCCGGUUCCUCUGGGGGAAAAGUCCCGCGACUCACUUUGGAACUUCUUUUCUCUGAGAAAGUAGUCCCACGAUAAACUAAUAAUAAUAUUAAUUUAAUUUUAAACAUUGUUUAGGUUUUUCUUUUGGCACUCGGUGGUAGAAACACGACCAUCAGCACUUCUCUGGCCGCCUGAUGAAGAGGUCGAACACGGCGGGUCCUUCGCUUCUUCAAUGUCUUAAAAUACAGCGCUUAGCUUAGCUUAGCUUUAGUUUAGUUUAAGAGGCAAAUCCAGAGUUUACUCGACAUUUUUAAAGGCGCUAAAUUAAACAUUUCGCACAUUAACGCGUCGGCAAGCGACUCAUUUGUGUGACGCUUUAGAUACACCGGCUAACGGGUUAGCACCGUUAGCCGGUGCUGAGAUAGAUGUAAACUUUAGCACCUUUUUUUCAAAAGUUUACAAAAAAAGUUGUGAUUUAAAUUUGGAGAAAUUGUCAUACGUCACAUGUGUUUAUCAUUUUAUUGUCAGGACCCUGUGGGGGUCCACAGAUAUGCCUGUUCUCAUUUAAAAUGCAUCAAAUAAUGUUACAUUCCAACAAGAGAUGACGUCAUGCUUCUGUCAUUGUUUUGCACUUCCUGGUUUAUCUUUUUAAUUUUUUUGAAUUUCUAUUGUGUUAACUUGUGAUUCAGUUUAUUUAUUAACAUUUUUAUUUGCUUGAUUUACUAAUUUAUGACGUUUUCAAAGUGUUCUCGUUAAUGAAGUACUUAUUCCUGGAUUUGGCCUUAAUUAAUUAACUAAUUGAUUAAUUGCUUGUGGCGCAUAAGUGAAGCGUAGCACUGUCUUUAUAUCGUGUUCUCCAUGGUUGUUGUUGUUGUUGAAGCUGUUACUCUUAUUCUGCUAACUGGAUAUUCACUCGAUAUCAUUUAAAUAAUUUACUUUGACUAAAACCUUGUGUAAAAUAAUGUGGAGACGGUUUCAUUCUGUUGUGCCUGAUGAAACGACGGCGUCGGAUCGUCUGGUUCUCUAAUCUGUAAACAACCGUUUCUACAUUAAGUUAUUUUAUAAGAACGAGUCGAACAAACAACAUAUUUUCUUCCACAUUCCUCGUGUGAGGAGACGCAACGUAGACUCACGUGUCACGGAACUUCUGAAGCCGCGUGACUUCUGUAGUCACGUAACUUUGGAAGUCACGUAACUUCUGUUUAGUCGCAUAACUUCUGGAGUUAUUUUAAGCCAAAAGUAAGGUCAUUUAGUUGCUUGAACAGAGUAGUUUCCUUUGAAGACAUGUUUAUUUUGAAGAGACUUUAUUCCUUUAACGUGCAGAAUUGCCGCUCUGUUGACUUCAAUAUGAAAACAAACGUUGCUGAUGUCAUAAGAUGUUUGUGUUAUGUUGAGAAUCUUGUAUUUAUGUUCAUGAGACGUGAUGUAUAUAAAUAUAAUUAAAAAGUGUUUUGCUAAAACUAAA